AUGCAAGUACUAACAAAAGUUUUUGGGACUCAACUUUCACUUCGACUUCUAAGCAGAAUAGCGCACACAGAAGUGGACAAAUUUACAUUUAAAAUGAGCAUAACAACAAGUGAAUAUGGAUCUUGGAGGUCACCAAUUACAAGUAAAAUUGUUUCUGAAAGUAGUGUGAAAUUUCAAGAAGUUCAUGUAGACAGCUGCCCAGAAAACGCCGAUACAGUUUAUUGGGGAGAAUUAAGGUUUGAUGAAGGAGGUCGAAUUGUAGUGUGUUCACAGAAAGUAGGUGAGGAUAAAAAUACCUCCUGGACACCUAAAGAUUACAAUGCUAGGACCAGAGUACACGAAUAUGGUGGAGGAGCUAUCUUCGUCAACAACAAAGUGGUCUAUUUCUCAAAUUAUAAAGACCAGCAGAUGUAUUCUCAAAGUUCCCCUGAAGAAACACCCCAGCUCAUUACCAAAGGAGAAAAAACAUGGAGAUAUGCUGAUGGGUCAUUCAAUGCUAAGACUAGUAAAAUCUACUGUGUGAGAGAGGAUCAUAGUGUUGUAGAAAGCAAGAAGGCCAAAGAACCUGUUAAUACAGUAGUUACCAUAGAUCCUGUUACCAAGCAACAAUUUGUUUUGGCAGAAGGAGCAGAUUUUUACAGUAGCCCAAGAGUUUCACCAGAUGGUAAAAAGAUAGCAUGGGUACAAUGGAAUCAUCCAAAUAUGCCCUGGGACAGUACAGAACUAUGGACAGGUGACUUGUCAGCUGCAGGAGAUGCUGUGUCUAAUCCAAAACAGAUAGUUUCUGGUACUGACAUAAGUGUAAUGCAGCCAUCUUGGACACCAAACAAUGAACUACUAUAUAUUGGUGAUCAAACAGAAUGGUGGAACCUUUAUCAUGUAAAUGCCAAUGGUGACCACACUAAUUUGUUACCUAGAGACAAAGAAACUGGAGGCCCACACUGGGUCUUUGCUUUUUAUGGUUAUGCAGUAGAUCCAAAAGGAAAUGGUAGAAUAGUACUGAAUUCUGGAAGUGAACUUGGUUUAUUAAACAUGAAUACAAAAGAAUACCAGAAACUUGACACAGGAUUUACAAGUCAUGCAUGUUUGAAUCUGACAGCAGACGGUCAUGUGUAUUGUGUAGCAGGGAGUCCAACAAAGUUUGAAUGUGUCAUAAGAAUUAAUUUGGAAACCAAAGAAGUUAAGGUCCUUCAAGAAUCAAAGUCAUUAGAUAUGGACACAGGUUAUUACAGUAUUCCAGAGGAAAUAAGCUGGAAAACAACAAAUGAUGAUGUCUCCUACGGAUAUUUGUAUCCUCCUAAAAAUAAGGACUUUGUAGCACCUGAGGGUACAAAGCCUCCAUUGCUGGUUCAGGUUCAUGGUGGACCAACUUCUCAAACAUCCAAUGUUUUGAGUUUGAAAAAACAAUAUUUCACGUCACGUGGGUUUGCUGUACUAGAUGUAAACUACAGGGGCAGCACUGGUUAUGGUAAAACAUACAGACACAAACUGAGGGCAAAAUGGGGUAUUUAUGACCUUGAUGAUUGUUGUCAUGGCGCCCAGUAUCUGGCAGAUGUAGGUCAAGCAGAUCAUGGUAAAUUGUGUAUCGAUGGUAGAUCUGCAGGUGGUUACAGCACUCUGGCUUGCUUAACUUUCAAAAAUGUGUUUGGAGCAGGAGCAAGUCAUUAUGGAAUAGGUGACCUUGAAGCAUUAGCAGGAGACACUCACAAGUUUGAAAGUCGUUACCUUGACAACCUGAUAGCACCAUACACAGGAGAUGGUAUAAAGAUAUACAAAGAAAGAUCACCUAUCAAUUAUAUUGAAAAACUGGAUUGUCCUAUUGCUCUAUUCCAGGGUGAUGAGGAUAAGAUUGUUCCACCAAAUCAAGCUGAGAUGAUGUACAAAGCUGUGAAAGAAAAGGGUAUUCCUACCAUGCAUGUUUUAUUUGAAGGUGAACAACAUGGAUUCCGUAAAGCAGAAAAUAUCCAAACAGCAUUAGAUGGUGAAUUCUACUUCUUUUCUAAAGUGUUUGGUUUUAAAGCAGCGGACAAUGAUAUCAAGAUUCCAAUAGCAAAUUUAAAGUAAAGAGUUAGGAUAAUGACCUGAAAGAGCUAUGGAGGCAGCAUUAAGUAUGUUUCCUAUUAAAUAGGAACUUAGUCACAAUUUGGUGUUCUAGACUUUUUAAAAUAGGAACUUUGUCACAAGUAGUUGAGUGUUCUAGAUUUAAGUUGUUAUCUUUAGAAUUUUAGAUUCUAGUUCUGAAAUUUGUUUAGAAGAUGCAUUUUUAGUUUUUAUUGGUUAAGUUUUUGCCGUUUCUUAUGUAAUUCUAUUGUUACUGAAAUAUUUUUUCUUUUUUUUCUGUACUUCUAUUUUAGUGCAAUAUUACUGCAAUAAGUUAUAUUUUCAAACAUCAAUUGGUCUGUUAAAUGUAGAAUUUUGAGUUCCAGAAGGUCUAUUUUUAAAUAUUUUUCUCUCUCGCUAAGACAUGU